CGUCCGUCUGGACAUUCAAGUCAAACACGUCGGCGCCUGUUCCCGGGGCCUCACUGCCACCAGCGACUUGGACAAGAGUGGAGAAGGAAGCGCCGUUCCAUCAGACAAGCCCGCUCCCCUCACCUCACCGCUUUGACUGUUCAACUCGGACUCUAAAAAGCUAGCGUGACAGCGAUCCAGCGAGCCAGCGACCCAGAGAGCCAGAGAGCCAGUGACCCAGCGAGCCAGCAAGCGGGGCCGCCACCAUGAGCAACAACUACGGCGAGGAGCCGCAGUACUACCAGGCCGCCGACUUUGGCGGCGAGGAGGACGACGAGAUCCCGGCCACCGAGAAGGACCUGGCCGAGGAUGCGCCGUGGAAGAAGAUCCAGCAGAACACCUUCACCCGCUGGUGCAACGAGCACCUCAAGUGCGUCAACAAGAACAUCGGCGACCUGCAACGCGACUUCAGCGACGGCCUGAAGCUCAUUUGGCUGCUGGAAGUCCUGAGCCAGAAGAAGAUGUAUCGCAAGUACCACAACAGGCCCAACUUCCGGCAGAUGAAGCUGGAAAAUGUCUCGGUGGCACUGGAGUUUCUGGACCGGGAGCACAUCAAGCUGGUGUCCAUCGACAGCAAAGCCAUUGUUGACGGGAAUCUCAAGCUGAUCCUGGGUCUCAUCUGGACUCUGAUCCUGCACUACUCCAUCUCCAUGCCCAUGUGGGACGACGAGGACGACGAGGAGGCCAAGAAGCUGACGCCCAAGCAGCGUCUGCUGGGCUGGAUCCAGAACAAAGUGCCCCAGCUGCCCAUCAACAACUUCAACCGGGACUGGAGGGAUGGCAAAGCCCUCGGGGCCUUGGUGGACAACUGCGCUCCGGGUUUGUGUCCCGACUGGGCCGAGUGGGACCCCAAGCAGCCCGUGGAGAACGCCAGAGAAGCCAUGCAGCAGGCCGACGAUUGGUUGGGUGUGCCUCAGGUGAUCGCGCCUGAGGAGAUCGUGGAUCCAGAUGUGGACGAGCACUCGGUGAUGACCUACCUGUCGCAGUUCCCCAAAGCCAAGCUCAAGCCAGGCGCUCCUCUCAAACCCAAACAGCUUUUCCCUCACAAGGCCAAAGCCUAUGGACCAGGUAUCGAGCCUCAGGGUAACAAGGUGCUUCACCCUGCCGUGUUCACCGUGGAGACUCUGGAAGCCGGCAGCGGCGAGGUCCUGGUCUUUGUGGAGGAUCCCGAGGGACACAAAGAAGAGGCUAAAGUGAAACCCAACAAGGACAAAAACAGAAGCUACACUGUCACUUAUGUUCCUAAAGUUGAGGGUCUGCACAAGGUCAAGGUGUUAUUUGCGGGUCAGGACAUUGACAAGAGCCCCUAUGCGGUGAACGUGGCAAAAGACAUGGGCGACCCCAGUAAAGUCCACGCCAGGGGGCCCGGUCUGGAGCGCACCGGGAACGUGGCCAACAAACCCACCUACUUUGACAUUUACACAGCCGGCGCUGGCAACGGCGACAUCGCCGUGGUUAUUGCCGACCCUCAAGGCAAAAUAGACACCGUGGAGAUCAUUCUGGAGAACAAAGGCGACAGCGUGUUCCGAUGCACUUAUCGCCCCGUGACCGAGGGUCCGCACGCCAUCCGCGUGCUGUUCGGAGGCCACGAGAUCCCAAAGAGCCCGUUCCCCGUCAACAUCGCCGAAGCACCUCCUGUUGCUCCUCCCACAGGAGCUCCCUUGCAGAUAAUCCCUCAAUCCGUGCUCACUCCUCCUGGAACAAAGGGCCCCCCCCCACCAAAAAAACCCGCCCGUCCAACCAUCAAUCCAAACGCCUGCAGAGCCACAGGUCGAGGACUCCAGCCCAAGGGUGUGAGAGUGAAGGAGGUUGCAGACUUCAAAGUUUUCACCAAGGGCGCCGGCAGUGGAACAUUGAACGUCUCGGUCAAAGGGCCCACCGGAGCGCAGGAGCAAGUCAACGUGCGAGAUGUCGGAAACGGCGUGUACGAGUGCGAGUAUUACCCCCUCAAGCCGGGUAAAUACACAGUCGGCAUUACCUGGGGAGGCCAGCCCAUCCCCCGCAGCCCCUUUGAAGUGGAGGUGGGACCCGAGGCCGGUUUCCAGAAGGUGAGGGCCUGGGGUCCCGGUCUGAGGACGGGGAUGGUGGGAAAAUCGGCCGACUUUGUGGUAGAGGCCGUCGGCACAGAUGUCGGGACGCUGGGCUUCUCCAUCGAAGGACCCUCUCAGGCUAAGAUCGAGUGCGACGACAAGGGCGACGGCUCCUGCGACGUCCGCUACUGGCCCACCGAACCCGGCGACUACGCCGUCCAUGUGGUUUGCGACGACGAGGACAUCAAGGACAGCCCCUUCAUGGCCCACAUCCUGCCCGCUGCUAACGACACCUUCCCCGAGAAGGUGAAAGCGUUCGGGCCGGGCCUGCAGCCAACUGGUGUGACGGUGAACAAACCCACCGAAUUCACCAUCGAUGCCCGCGUGGCCGGGAAGGGUCCGCUCACCAUCUACGCCCAGGAUGCCGAAGGCUGCGCCAUCGACAUCAAAAUCAGCGACAAGGGCGACGCCACGUAUCUGUGCACGUACACUCCUGCCAAGCCCAUUAAACACACCAUCAUCAUCGCCUGGAGCGGCGUCAACGUGCCCAACAGCCCCUUCAGGGUGCUGGUCGGCGAGGGUUGUCAUCCAGACAGGGUCAAGGUCUACGGGCCCGGAGUGGAGAAGACGGGCCUCAAGGCUAACGAGCCCACAUACUUCACCGUGGACUGCGGCCAGGCCGGCCAAGGCGACAUCAGCAUUGGAAUCAAGUGCGCCCCGGGGGUGGUUGGCCCUGCCGAGGCGGACAUCGACUUUGACAUCAUCAAGAAUGACAAUGACACCUUUACUGUCAAGUACACGCCCCCAGCGGCGGGUCGCUACACCAUCAUGGUGCUCUUUGCUGACCAAGAAAUUCCCAUCAGUCCGUUCAAAGUCAAAGUGGAGCCCUCUCACGAUGCUGGCAAGGUGAAAGCCGAGGGGCCCGGACUCAACAAGACAGGAGUGGAGGUGGGCACGCCCACCCACUUCACUAUCUACACAAAGGGUGCGGGCAAAGCCAGGCCCGAGGUGCGCUUCGCGGCCUCGGGCCCAGGGGAGGCGGUCCGUGACUUUGAGAUCAUCGAUAACCACGAUUACUCCUACACGGUCAAGUACACCGCUCUUCAACAGGGCAACAUGGCCAUCACGGUCACCCACGGAGGCGACCCCAUCCCGCAGAGUCCCUUCCAUAUCACAGUCUCACCGCAGCUGGAUAUCGGAAAAGUCAAAGUGGAGGGAUUGGACACGAAAGUGGAAGUGGGAAGGGACCAGGAAUUCACAGUGAACGCCAAGGGUGCCGGCGGGCAGGGCAACGUAGGCGUGAAGAUGACCUCGCCCAACGGCCGACCCAUCCCGUGCAAGCUGGAGUCGGACAAAGCCAAAGGCGUUCACGGCGUGAAGUACAUCCCCCCGGAGGAGGGGCAGUACAAGGUGGAUGUCAGCUAUGACGGAAACCCCGUCAUGGGAAGCCCCUUCGGGCUGGAAGCCGUGAUGCCCGCUGACCCCUCAAAGGUCCGAGCUUUCGGCCCCGGUCUUCAGGGCGGCGUGGUGGGCAAACCGGCUCCGUUCACUAUCGACACCAAAGGAGCGGGUGCCGGCGGGCUGGGCCUAACGGUGGAGGGUCCCUGCGAGGCCAAAAUCGAGUGCCAAGACAACGGCGACGGCACGUGCUCGGUCGCCUACCUGCCCACCGAGGCCGGCGAGUACGCCAUCAACAUCCUGUUCGCCGACAAGCACGUUCCGGGCUCCCCUUUCAAGGCGGCGGUACGACCGGCCUUCGACCCCAGCAAGGUCACGGCCAGCGGCCCCGGGCUGGAAAGAGCCAAGGCAGGGGAGACGGCCACCUUCACUGUGGACUGCACACGGGCCGGCGAGGCAGAGCUCACCGUCGAGAUCGUAUCGGACAGCGGGGUGAAGGCCGAGGUGCGCAUCCAGAAAACGGCAGAGGGAACUUUCUCCGUCACCUACAUCCCGCCGUUCCACGGCGCGCACACCGUUACCAUCAAGUACGGAGGCCGCGCGAUCCCCCACUUCCCCAAGGUUCUGCAGGUGGAGCCUUCAGUGGACACCAGCGGGGUGCACGUCUACGGGCCAGGAGUGGAGCCGAGAGGCGUCCUGCGAGAGGUCACGACCCACUUCAUCGUGGACGCCCGCGCUCUCACCAAGGUCGGAGGCAAUCACGUGAAGGCUCGCAUCGUCAACCCUUCGGGCACCACCACGGAUGGCUACGUCACCGACAAGGGCGACGGCACCUACAGAGUGGAGUACACGCCCUUUGAGGACGGCACGCAUCUGAUUGAGGUCCUAGUCUAUGACGUGCCCGUACCCAAAAGUCCCUUCAGAGUGUUAGUGGCGGAGGGAUGCGAUCCCACCCGGGUCAGGGCCUAUGGACCGGGCCUGGAGGGAGGAAUCACUAACAAGCCCAACUGCUUCACGGUGGAGACCAGGGGUGCCGGGACCGGAGGUCUGGGCCUAACCAUCGAGGGUGCGUCCGAGGCCAAAAUCUCUUGCAAAGACAACAAAGACGGAAGCUGCAGCGUGGAGUACGUCCCCUUCACGCCCGGAGACUACGAUGUCAACAUCAACUACGGCGGUCACCCCAUCCCGGGCAGUCCCUUCAAAGUGCCCGUCAAAGACCCCGUGGACCCCAGCAAGGUCAAGUGCUCCGGUCCCGGCCUGGGUUCCGGCGUUAGAGCGCACAUCCCUCAAACCUUCACGGUGGACUGCACUCGGGCCGGGCAGGCUGCGCUGGAUGUCAAAGUGUUUGGACCGACAGGUACCACGGAGCCAAUGGGUGUCAAAAACAAUGGUGACGGCACCCACACUGUUCACUACACCCCAGCUCAGGACGGACCCUACACCGUGGCAGUCAAAUAUGCAGAGCAGGAAGUCCCGCAUAGUCCAUUCAAGGUCACGUCUCAGCCCGGGCACGACGCCAGCAAGGUGCGAGCCAGCGGCCCCGGUCUGGACAGCAAAGGCGUGUCCGCCAGCCUUCCCGUAGAGUUCACCAUUGACGCUCGCGAUGCCGGCGAGGGGCUGCUCACUGUGCAGAUUCUGGACCCGGAGGGCAAGCCGAAGAACGCCAGCAUCCAGGACAACAGGGACGGCACCUACACCGUGUCCUACGUCCCCGACUCCAUCGGCCCGUACACCAUCACCAUCAAAUACGGAGGGGAUGAAAUUCCGUACUCGCCCUACAGGAUUCAGUCUAAUCCCACGGGAGAUGCCAGCAAGUGUCGCCUCACAGUGUCAAUAGGAGGACACGGCGUAUCGGGCCUUCAGAAGCUGCAGACCUCAGAGGACACGGUCAUCACGGUGGAUGCCAAGGCCGCCGGCAAGGGCAAGGUAACGUGCAAGGUGUUGACGCCGCAAGGGAUGGAGCUGGACAUGGACGUGGUGGAGAAUCGCGACGGCACCUUCGACAUUUACUACACGGCCCCUGAACCCGGCAAAUACGUCAUCACCAUUCGCUUUGGAGGCCAAAACAUCCCCAAGAGCCCCUUCCACGUGGUGGCCUCAAACGAGCCGGUUGCCCCUCGCGACACGGUGGACCCUCUCUUCAGGCCGGUCAACUUCCUGGUGCCUUUCACGCCGCAGCAAGGAGAAAUAUCAGGCGAGGUCCGGAUGCCCUCGGGCAAGACGGCCAGGCCGCAUAUCACCGACAAUAAAGACGGCACCAUCACCAUCAAGUACCAACCCACCGAGAGAGGCCUGCACGAGAUGGACAUCAAAUAUGAAGGCAACCACAUUCCAGGAAGCCCUCUGCAGUUCUUUGUGGACGCCGUGAACAGUGGAGCGGUGUCGGCCUACGGUCCCGGCCUGAGUUACGGCAUGGUCAACAAAGCCGCCACCUUCACCGUGGUCACCAAGAACGCGGGCGAAGGCGGUCUCUCCCUGGCAGUGGAGGGCCCAUCUAAGGCAGAGAUCACCUGCAAGGACAACAAAGACGGCACCUGCACCGUGUCCUAUCUUCCCACGGCGCCCGGAGACUACAGCAUCAUUGUCAAGUUUGACAACAAGCACAUUCCCGGCAGCCCCUUUGUCGCCAAGAUCACCGGCGACGACAGCAUUACCCGCACGUCUCAGCUGAACGUGGGCACGUCCGCCGACGUUUCGCUCAAGAUCACCGAAACGGACCUGAGCUCUCUCAGCGCCAGCAUUCGAGCGCCCUCGGGCAACGAGGAACCCUGCCUGCUCAAGAGGCUGCCCAACAGACAUCUCGGUAUCUCAUUCACCCCGAAAGAGGUGGGCGAGCAUGAAGUGAGCGUGAGGAAGAACGGCGUACACGUCGCCAACAGCCCCUUCAAGAUCAUGGUCGGCCAAUCGGAGAUCGGCGAGGCCAGCCGGGUCAAAGCCUUCGGCAAAGGCCUGGUGGAGGCGCACACGUCUGAGACGGCCGAAUUCUUUGUGGACACCAGGAACGCCGGUUACGGCGGGCUGGCGUUGUCCAUCGAGGGUCCCAGCAAAGUGGAUAUCAACUGCGAAGAUAUGGAGGACGGGACGUGCAAGGUGACCUACUGUCCGACAGAGCCCGGAAAUUACACGGUUAACAUCAAGUUUGCCGAAAAGCACAUCCCAGGAAGUCCGUUCACAGUGAAGGUGACCGGCGAAGGGAGGAUGAAGGAGAGCAUAACCAGAAAGAGGCAGGCGUCCUCCAUCGCUUCGGUGGGCAGCACCUGCGGACUCAACCUGAAGAUUCCAGGAAACUGGUUCCAGACGGUGUCGGCCCAAGAGAGGCUCACCCGGACGUUCACCCGCAGCAGCCACACGUACACGCGCACCGAGCGCACCGAGAUCAGCAAAACCCGUGGCGGCGAGACCAAGCGGGAAGUUCGGGUGGAGGAGAGCACUCAGGUGGGCGGAGGGGGCAGCCCCUUCAGAGACGUCUUUGGAGACUUCCUGGGCCGGGAGAGCCUGAGCAGCUUCGCCGGCGUCGCGGCCAGACCCGAAGCGCGUGGCGCCGAUGUUGCAGGCGAGAUGGGCUCGCAGGCCAUGACGGCCCAGGUGACCAGCCCCGGGGGCAAGACGGCGGACGCCGACAUCGUGGACGGAGGAAACAGCACGUACAGCGUGCGCUUCGUCCCCCAGGAGAUGGGCGCGCACACCGUCAACGUCAAGUACCGAGGCCAGCACGUCCCCGGGAGCCCCUUCCAGUUUACCGUGGGGCCCAUGGGGGAGGGAGGCGCGCACAAGGUCCGGGCGGGAGGCCCCGGCCUGGAAAGAGGCGUGGCCGCAGCACCUUCUGAAUUUAGCAUCUGGACUAGAGAGGCCGGCGCCGGGGGCUUGUCCAUUGCCGUGGAAGGGCCCAGCAAGGCGGAAAUCUCCUUUGAGGACAGAAAGGACGGCUCCUGCGGCGUCUCUUAUAUCGUCAAAGAACCCGGUGACUACGAGGUGUCGAUUAAGUUCAACAACGAGCACAUCCCCGACAGCCCGUUCAUCGUUCCCAUCGCGACCCUGUCGGACGAAGCCCGCAGGCUCACGUUCAGCAGCCUGCAGGAGAAGGAUUUGAAGGUGAACCAAGAAGCCUCGUUCAUGGUGCAGCGCAACGGCGCUCGCGGCGUGGUGGACGCCAAAGUCCACACCCCCUCCGGCAGCUCCGAGGAGUGUUACGUCACCGAGCUGGAUGGCGACAAGACCGCCGUCCGCUUCAUUCCCCGCGAAAACGGCGUCCACUCCAUCGACGUCAAGUUCAACGGCUGCCACAUUCCGGGAAGCCCCUUCAACGUGCGGAUGGGAGAUCCCGGACUGAUCGGGGAUCCGGGCAUGGUUACGGCGCACGGCCCCGGCCUGCUGGGCGGAAUCACCGGCGCGCCCUCCGACUUUGUGGUCAACACGUGCAACGCCGGGCCGGGCACGCUGUCGGUGAACAUCGACGGCCCGUCCAAGGUCAAGAUGGACUGCUGCGAGUGUCCCGAAGGCUACAAAGUCACCUACAUCCCCAUGGCGCCCGGCAACUAUCUCAUCACCAUCAAGUACGGCGGGCCGCAGCACAUUGUCGGGAGCCCCUUCAAAGCUAAAGUCACAGGCGCCCGCCUGUCAGGCGGACACAGCCUGCACGAGACCUCGUCCGUCCUGGUGGAAACGGUCACCAAGUCGUCCAAAGUGGGCGGCGGGGCUUUCGCCUCCGCCUCCUCCAAGCUGACGUCUGACGCCGGCAAGGUGGUCUGCCGCGGGACGGGCCUGAGCAGGGCCACGGUGGGGCAGAAAAACAAUUUCACAGUCGACUGCGGCAAGGCAGGCAGCAACAUGCUGAUGGUGGGCGUGCACGGGCCUCACGCUCCGUGCGAGGAGGUCUACGUCAAGCACAUGGGCAACAAGCUCUACAACGUCACCUACACCGUCAAGGACAAGGGCAGCUACACGCUCAUCGUCAAAUGGGGAGACGACAACGUCCCCGGCAGCCCCUACAAAGUGGCCGCGUCCUAAAGAAAAGCCCAAUCAUUUUGCUGUCCUCCGCUUUGGACUGAGAACCAUUGACUGCACUAAAGCUCGGGCAGAUAUGCGUGCGUGCGUGCGUGCGUGCGAGCGUGUGCCAAAUUGCGUGUGAAAUCCCAGAUGCUGCAUUGACAAAUAAGCAAAGCGACGUCAAGGCAACGAGCCAGCGGUGCGUUUGUUUGCCCUCCGCUCUGAAGCACACUGCUUUUUGUAUGGGUUCUUCUUGCCUUCUUUUCUCAUAUGAACCUUUUUUUUGCAGACCUAAUAAAGACUUCACUGUUAAACGGA